GUCAACUGUAUGGAAAUGGUAAUUGGAAUGGCGUCUUUUUGUUGCUUAGAUUCUGUCUUUUCUGUCUUUCCAAUCGAAGAAGAGGAGAGCUUCUAGAAGCAGAUACAAAGAUCCAUUCCAUUGGAAGAAAAUGGAUGCCUCUGGCGGCGGCGGUGGUCCGGCACCGUUCCUACAGAAGACAUACGAGAUGGUGGAUGAUUCAUCGACUGACGAGGUAGUAUCAUGGAGCUCCACAAACAACAGCUUCAUCGUGUGGAACCCAGCAGAGUUCGGUCGUGUUCUUCUUCCAACCUAUUUCAAACACAACAACUUCUCCAGCUUCAUCCGUCAGCUUAAUACCUAUGGAUUUCGAAAAAUACAUCCUGAGCGAUGGGAGUUCGCUAAUGAUGAUUUUGUGAAAGAUCAAAAGCAUCUUCUUAAGAAUAUUCACCGCAGGAAACCUAUCCACAGUCACAGUCAUCCUCCAGGUUCUCUGGUGGAUCCAGAAAGGUCAUCAUUUGAGGAAGAAAUAGAGAAACUUUCACUUGAGAAAACUACCAUUGAAUCCAAUAUUUUUGGCUUCAAACAAGAUGAGUCAGCUGCAAAGCUUCAUCUGGAAGAUAUGCAGCAGCGAUUAGAUGAUGUGGAGAAGAGGCAGAAAAAUUUGCUCAGCUUCUUCGAAAAGGCUCUUCACAAUCCUACUUUUGUUGAACAAAUUUCUCGCAAAAUUGAGUCCAUGGAUUUAUCAGCAUAUAACAAGAAAAGGCGAUUGCCUCAGGUUGAUCAUUUGCAGCCUGUUGCUGAAAAUAUCUUUGUUGACAACAAUAGCAAUUCUAGAAUGGAAUUUGGAAAUAUUUUCCAUCAAGAUUUCUCAAAUAAACUCAGACUGGAAUUGUCACCAGCUGUUUCAGAUAUGAACUUGGUAUCAUGCAGUACACAGAGUUCAAAUGAAGAUGGAGAAAGCCCACAUAAGAUGCUAUCUAGAGGAGAACCAAUAGAAGUGCAGACAAGAACAGCUCUUGGAUUUGCACCUGAAACAUUAGACCUUGCGGAUACUGGAACAUCUUUUACUUUUAAGAUGGAUUCAUGUUUAUCACAAAGAGCUACAGCUGCUGAGAGCCUGCACUUGUUGAAACCAAAUUGUGAAGAAGGUGAUAGUUAUAUAUCCUGCCUUUUAAACCUAAGCCUGGCAUCUUCUACGUUACAAGUCAAAAGAAAUUCAUGCACGGAAAGAUCACCCCAAAUGAACUGUCCCGAAAUUGGCAAUUUGGCUGAAUCAAGAUUUUAUGCCAAUGAUAAAGAGCAUGAUGGUGGAGCUUCUUCAAACAUAAAUGUGGCUAAUGAGGUUAAUAAUUUAGCUUCAUCAGACGAGGCUCCUAGUAACAACCAAGGGACCACAGCUGCUCCAGCUAGAGUAAAUGAUGUGUUUUGGGAACAGUUCCUUACAGAAAGACCAGGCUGAUCAGACAAUGAAGAGUCAAUAUCCAGCUACAAAGCAAAUGCAUGUGAUGAGCAAGAUGAAGGCUCUGGAAACGUUAAGAAUAAGGAUCUGCUCACACUUUGAGAGUUUUGCCUUGGAGCCUCACUAGUCACUAGUUUUAGUAUUGGUAUGCGAGAUUUGCAUGAUAAAAAACUAUAAUUUGAAACUUGACAUCAAAUUGUGUAAAAUAUGAUUCCUCUUUUAUGUAAAAUCUAGAUAAUAUGUAUUUGAUUUGGGCACGGAAUCAUUUAUGUAUACAAAGUAAUUAGCUACUUGGCAGUUUAAUGGAUAUUCAUGUUUUGAAUAGUUUUAACAGUGCCAUAAUUCCUGUAAAUUUAUGCGAAUA